AGAUAAACAACGUGGAAACUUCAUUGCAAACCUACUAUGAAGGAUUCGAGAACAGAUGACAAGGAGUCCUGCAAGAAUAAUCUCUACUUGCUUUGCGCACAUUGCAGAUGCGAAUUUAAUUUGUUAUCUUCUACCAUGCACUGGUACUUAUAUUUCCUGGGUCCUGAAGCGGUUAAGUUCGUCAUAAGUCGAAACGUAACACGGUCACUGACAUUAGCACCAACAAUGGACCAGCAAUUCUGCUUGCGCUGGAACAACCACCCGAACAACCUGACUGAUGUACUUGCGAGUCUGCUACAAAGAGAGGCUUUGUGCGAUGUCACUCUGGCCUGUGAUGGGGAAACUGUCAAGGCACACCAGACGAUACUCUCCGCAUGUUCCCCAUAUUUUGAAAGCAUAUUCCUACAGAACUCGCAUCCACAUCCGAUAAUAUUCCUCAAAGAUGUACGAUUCUCAGAAAUGAAAUCUCUUUUGGAUUUCAUGUACAAGGGUGAAGUGAAUGUUGGCCAAAAUAUGCUACCGAUGUUCCUAAAAACUGCUGAAAGUUUACAAGUUAGAGGUUUGACCGAAAAUAAUACAUUGAAUCCAAAGUCGGAGGAUCGGUCGACUCCGUCAGUGAGUGCGGAGAACCUUUCCCGUUCGGAAUCGUUCGCCACGCCUCCGGCCGCGCACUGCGCGCCGCCCGCUCCCCACACCCCUCUGUCGGCCGCGCCCCCCGCGCACCCGUCUCACCCCUCACAUGCAAUCCCUCCCGAGAAGAGACGCAGAAAGAACUCUACGGUACCACGAGACGACGUCGACCAUUCUUACAGGCACUAUGAGGGGCAUGUGAAGUCGGCGAAGUGCGGGUCGACGGGGUCCGGGUCGGAGCCGUCGACGCCGCCCCCGGCGCACACGCCGGCGCGGGCCGUGGCGCGGUCGCCGGCGCACACGCCGCACGUGAAGCAGGAGCCGGAGUCGCCGUACCCGCCGCACGCGCCGCUCGCCCCGCACGCGCCGCACGCCCCCGCCCUCCACCCGCCGCCCCCUUUCGACCAGACGCACCUCCAGAGUAUGGGAGUAACGGAAAUGGCAUCGAUACUGACCCAGCAAAGCCUUGGCAACGAGUGUAACGACAAUGAGCCCAUGUUACAACCCCACCCUGACCAGACAGACACCAUAGAUGGCUCGAAGGGCUGGCACAUGCGGCUGACGUUCGAGCGCGUGGCGGGCGCGCUCAACCUGCACCGCUGCAAGCUGUGCGGCAAGGUGGUGACGCACAUCCGCAACCACUACCACGUGCACUUCCCGGGCCGCUUCGAGUGCCCGCUGUGCCGCGCCACGUACACGCGCUCCGACAACCUGCGCACGCACUGCAAGUUCAAGCACCCCGCGUACAACCCCGACACGCGCAAGUUCGAGGCGCCCGCGCCGCCAGCGCCCGCGCCCGCGCACGCGCCGCUCUACGCCAACCCGCUGGACGCGGGCUUCGACUGAUUGUCCAUGUACUGGCUCGGCCUCGACGCUCUGUGAGCGCUAGCCCUCGCCAGCCCAGACUAUGUCGUUGUUCAUGUGUCAAAAUUUUAACGGACCGUCUCGCGUCGAAACCGCUUCCUAUUUAGGAUUAAGCUGAAGUGCUAUUACUUAAACGGGCCUUUCUUAACGUAGCCCGCACAGGGCGGGCGACUCGUUUUAGUAUCGUCUCGGUUGUGCGUUUGACUUGCCCCAGUGUGAUCUUGUAUAAGAUUCCUCGUCUGGAAUAUACCUAUGUCGAUGUUACUGAAAUAAUGACUCGAAACGUAUGUAGUAGGUAAGCAAAUUUUUUUCUAUACCAAUCGCUAUACGGGAACGGGCAAAAGCAAUAAUAUGAUGUUAAUUUUACUAUUACCAUAUUAUUUUUUAUAUUGUAUCGAUAGGAACCUUAAGAUAUUAAGAAUAUACAUUAUAUCGAGUAGCGGUGCGACCGCGAAGUGAUGCUGGCUAUUAGCGGUGGCCCAGAUACGGGCCAACAGUUUCUUGUUAUAUUUAUUCAUUAGAUAGGAAAUUAUGAGUUUCCUGUAGCUAAUUAUAUUUAUGUUAUUGAAUCCUGUGGGUGGUAUGGAACGACAUCAGAAGGAUAUUUGGGGACUGGCAAGAGAUUGUGAUUAGUCGUUGGUCAACGACGUAUAAAUAUUGACUGAAUCUCAGUGUAGAUGCAUUUGUAACUCUAUGAGGCCUUUGCAAGAUGGAUAAUUAUUAAGGAUUUGUGAUGUAUUAAAGGAUAGCGCCUAAGGAAACAUACGAAAAGAUUUUUAUACUAGACUAGUUGAUCUAUUUACGGAGAUUGUUUUUUUUUUAUACUUAGAUAUAUUCUAUUGUCUGAUUUAAUAUACUUUUAUAUUUAUAUAACUGCAUAUAUAAUAUGAUUUAUUAGUGUUGUUUGUUUUUAAUCGAUUCAUCAUAUAGUAACAUUGAUUUCGUUUAUAUUGUGUUGACGGUUAAAAGAAAUCGAGUUGAGAUGUUAACAUGUUUUAUUAUUUUAUCGUUGGUAGGUGUUUAGUUUGUGGUACCGGGCCCGAGCCGUGCCGGCCGGCCGUCGCCCACUCGUGUGAUCGGUGCUUGGGGUCAAAGACCUCUUUCAAUCAAUUAAUAUAAGUUAGGAUGGAUCGUUUGGAGGUUGCGCAUUUAGUAACUAAUAUUGGCAUUCUACGAUUGGGACUAACCUAGCGUUUAUGUAUGUAUUUUUCAAUUAAGAUUUAAGAUUGUUACAUUUUUAGCUAAACACUUUAGAGUGGUACGGUAACUGAAAUGUGAUAAAAAGGAAUGGUGCUAGAACCAAGAGUGUUAACACGCUACGAUUCGACUCCUAUUAUAAUAUUAUUAAUGAUUAGUUACUUUGCAUUAAAUGUAAGGCAUCUAGCAUCCAGUUGAGGUCGCAUCUAUCUGGUCAACGGGUAAAUAAUGCAUGGAUCGUACACGCCUAGAGAUUACAGUAUCACUCGAGAUUUUACCUUAAUUUUUUCAGAGAUCUUCAAGUUUUCUAGUACAUAAAUAUAUAAUGAGUAAUGAUAAGACACCAUUUACAUAAUAUAUGAAUCUGAUCCUUGCCUACCAAAUAUAAAACGUUCAUUGAUGGAGUUAGGAAUUUAUCACAUCCGAAUAGUGAAUCCAUGAUCGUUUCCCAUAACUUUAGUUGUGGCGUUAGUGCUGUUGUGCUGUUUAGUAGCUGUGAACAUGCAAUUCCACUUGUGCAAUUUUUUGAAAAUAGUCAUAACUUAUAGCUAGAUUAUAUACAAUUGACUAUUGAAUAUAGGGGCCCACUCGAUAUGUAUAUGUAAGCACGAAGCUCAUGCGUCCCUGUAUAUAAUUAUGAUGAAGUCACCAAACAUUUCUUCCAUAAAGAUUUUAUAUUUACUUUAAGGAUAUCAAAGAUUUUUAUACCUACUGUUCAUAGUUAUGUGGGCGCUUAUUAUUUGAUAGCAUUUCAUACUCAGUGCAAUAUUACUAGUUAUUUAAUUACGUAACCAAACUAAAUGAUAUUUUAAAAGUAUAUAAUAAAUAUCAUUCAAGAGAGUAACUACCUAUUUGUAUUUACAUAAGUGACUACUCCUAAUUUCUAUUUCUACUUAGUGAAUCGCAGUUUGGGUUACGGUGAUGUACAGGUUUUAUAGCUGGUAAUAUUAUUAAUUAGCUUGUUUACCUCUGCCAAUCGUAAUAGUUGUGUACUAUUUAAUAAUUUAUUGUCGCGCAAGUUAAUGUCUAUUGUUGAGAUAGAUCAUAGCUAUCCGUUACGGGUCCCAUUGCCCAGCGAGUCGAUGAUCGUGCUGAUCUCCCAAUCUGCCCACGCGUUAAACGCUUCAUCUAAUCGUGAAUGCAUUUUUAUAUUACUAUCACUCGAGACCAAUUUUUAAUAUUGAAUUUGCUAUAGCAAAUUGAUUGAUUAGUAACAUAGAAUAUUAUUUUAGAUAUUUUAGGUUAGGAUACUAUGAUAGUGUCUGGCCAGAAUAUUUUGGAGAAUCACACCGUUUGGCUCAGAAAAUAUCUACCUUUGAUCUCUUUUCAGCUUUCAAAAAGUAUGCAACUUAAUAAUUGUAAUGGUGACCACAUUCGGACUUAAUGAAAGCUAACUUUAUGCCAUAUGGAAUUUUAUACAUAAGGUUAACGAAUUACUAAAUUUAGUCUUAUGAAAUUGAGGUCUUGUAGACCUAGUCACUUAUUUGGCCAAUCUAUUGAAUAUUCCAAUUUAUUGUAUAUUAAAAUUUACAUUUGUAUCACAAGGAUGUGAUCUUAUCAUUUGAAUCAAUGGAGUGCAGGAUGAGCUCUAACGUUAUUUUCAGGAUAGCAAUGGUCUAGUUAUGUUUAUUUUGUUUCUUCUUUAUAACAUUAGCAAAUUUGUUAUAGUGUCGUAUAUCACAAUAGUGUAAUACUAAUAGGGAGGGGGUGUCAAAUCGUGUACCUCACAGCUGACGAAUGAUCUUGUUAUAUAUUAUUACAUGAAAUUUUAUGAACGAUUUGUUGUUUAUGAAUAUUUUGUUUGAUGUCUUGGUUUGAUGCCUCCGUUAAAAGUUUUUAAUUUAAAUAAUUUUGUUUUAUGCAAGCAGUUAAUGCAAUUUUUUUUCACAUUGUUUGAUGUUAUGUAAUGCAAUUUUAACAUGUUGCAAACUCCUGCAUUUAUCUGUUGUAUUUAUUACUAAUUUUUACAUUAAAUUGUGGUAUGUUACAAAUCCGUGUAGUUUCAGUUGUGCGUUUCACAUGCUCCACACCCACCUGCAAAAUAUAAAUUUAACUGUGUAAAUUAUUAAGGCUCGACCAGAUUUACACUUUGUAAACGAGCAGCCUUGUCGUGAAGAGAUGACAGCGUAGAGCCAGAGCGGCAAUCGGCGGCGGAGUGUCGCGCGUCGGGGUGUCGGGCGUGUCGGGGGCGCGCUGUAGCGGCUUGUUGUUGCAGAGCGCGCGGCGGGCGGCGCGGGCGCGGCGCCGUACUCGUACCACAGCAUGUUCGUGGCCGUGGCCGACAGCGCGGCGCUGUGGCGCUGCAAGUCGUGCGGCAAGGAGGUGUCCAACCGGUGGCACCACUUCCACUCGCACACGGCGCAGCGCUCGCCGUGCCCGUACUGCCCGGCCACGUACAGCCGCAUCGACACGCUGCGCUCGCACCUGCGCCACAAGCACGCCGCGCUGCUGCUCAAGCACUAGGCGCGCCGCCCGGCGACGCCACACAGACGCCCCCCGACCCCUGCGACGCUCCUACCAUCUGAGCUCGAUAUCUUUGUUUCUCGUUUAAUGUGACUAGAUUUUAAUUACAUUGACGUGCUUCGUGCAUGAUUUGGAAGGUAAUUAUUAUAUUGAAUGUGUUACGACGCACGUUUUCGUGCGUUAAAUUUAAAUUGUUCUGUAUCGGUAAGGUAUUGAAUUUUGUUACAACUUAUUUAACUAACAGGGUAAAAUUAAACAGUAAGAUACCGGAAAGGCUCUUAUUGCUAUCAAAAGUUUCAGGCUCAGUUUAGUUAGUCAAGGGAUAUUAUGUUCUUGAAACUUAAAACAUAAUAAUUGAAGCACCUAUGAUUUUAUUCUUGAGUUUCGUACACGAUCAAGCAAAUGCUAUUUUGAAUAAAACACCCUUUUUAACGAUUUGUCGUAGUAGAUAAAUUCCACACCUUCAAUGUAACAACAUUCGUGUUUAUAGUGCGUAGGUAAGUGUAUAAGGUGAAACAUAUUUAUUUGCAAGUAACUAUACAUAAUGGAAUGAAGACUGAAAGGUAACAGCUUGUGAUUGAUCUUAAGAUGGAGACGGUAAGGUCUGAGUGUAAAUAAUUUGUAAAUUGGUAAAUAUAAUCGUCAAAAUUUUAGGUAGCAAAAUAUCUUGGAACUUAAUGCGUGUUCAAAAUUGAAAUUAACAUUAAAACACGAUCUAUACUUAGUAGUCCUAUGUAUUAUAAAUUAUAUUUUUGUAUAAAUAUUGUCUGCGUUUAUCGCAUAACAUUAAUUAAGGGUAUUAGAUGUUUACUCUCGACUUGCAGACAUAUAGCAAGAAUAAUCGACAUUCCAUAAUAUCUAGGUGAACGAACGAUGCGAUAAUAUUAAAAUAAUCGAAUUGGAACGCAUUUGAUAACUUAAUCAGAUUUUCUGACUUUUGGAAUCUACUGAUGAUAUUAAUUAUUAUCUUAUAUUGAUAUAGUACGAAAUUGCUUAACCCUUUAAAAUAUAAUGAUGUAAGUAGGUAGUCUCCACGCUGAAUGUUGUGACCUAUGGCUCAUUUGUUAGAAGAAACUAUCCGAUGAUUUCUGAAAUCGGAAAGCUAUUGUAAAUUAUUUCUCUUUAUAGUUAAGUGUCGUACAUUGAGACAUGUGAAUUUAACACGUCGUUUACUUAUGUAAGUAAAUAUCUAGCUUUUAACGGUCCAAUAUAUAUUAGCAUUCGUAAUGUGUGUCAUAUUGUUGUUCGUACAGAAUGAUAUUUCAUGGAAUCUCAUCUUUCAGUAGUUAAUUCAUUUUAUCAGUAUUAUAUGUAACUAAUAUUCAUAGAUAGUCAUUAAUUGAUGUCAUAAGUCCCAAUCUAAGAAUGUAGGUUAGUUAUUGUAGCAUUGUGAAGUCAUCUGUUAUAAGUGCUUGACUAGUCACACCCACUUUUCUAGUUAAUAAUUAAUUUAUUGUUGAAAUGUGUUGUUCCUUUUUUAUUAUUGUUUUAUUAUUAUAGUUUUAAAUUUGGCUCGUUCUGAUUGUGCAAUUUUUUGCCGCUGCCGUAACCAAUAUAAUGUUUUAGGGUUUUACAAGUAAAGUAUUUUUGAACUUUACUUGUAUGAUUAUAAAAAUAUUCACUUAUUUAAUGCUCUAAAUAAAAUACAUCACUUCAAAA